CACCAUUCUAUAUGAUCUCGUAUUUCCUUUUAUCUGGUUUGAUUCUUCGCGCAGUGUCUCCUCCGUUCGGAAGAUUUACCGCUAUUGAACAAAAAUUGGAGGGCGAUUUUCGAUUCACUCAUUCUCGCAUCAUUGCACAUUCAGAGGAAAUUGCAUUUUAUCGUGGCGGCGAACGAGAGAAAGGCGUAGUGAACGCGAGUUUUGAUAAGAUUCUUCGACAUGUAAAGAAAAUCUAUCGACUUCGUUUUGCGAACGGAAUAUUUGACUCAGUUUUGGUAAAGUAUUGUGCUACUAUGACCGCGUAUUACUUGUUGGCUAGACCAGUGUUCGAUCCUCGUUAUGCCACGGAGUUUAUGGGAAAACUUGAUGCGGACCCAACAAAGAUUAUGGAAGAUUAUUCCCGAAAUUGCAAGUAUUCUGGCUAUCUCGUUAACUUAUCACAGGCAGUUGGAAGAUUAAUUUUGGCAGGACGUGAUUUGACAAGAUUCGCCGGGUACACGUCUCGAGUUGCCGAAUUAUUUGAUGUUCUUGAUGAUGUCAAUAGUGGUCGAUAUGAAAGAACAAUGGUCUCUAAAGAUUCGACUGAAGCUAACAUUAAUAAAGUAAUAACCCCCGCGGACCUCAAAGGACGUAUCGUAACACAAGAUGGUGUCAUAGUCUUUGAGCAUGUUCCUAUUCAAACUCCAAAUAAUGACGUUUUGGUGAAAGAUAUGUCAUUUAAGGUUGAAACUGGAAUGAAUUGCUUGAUUUCUGGGCCUAAUGGAUGCGGGAAAAGUUCUCUGUUCAGGAUUCUUGGAGACUUAUGGCCACUAUUCGAUGGCACACUCACAAAACCUUCUUCGGAUAAAUUGUUUUAUGUUCCUCAAAAGCCAUAUUUGGCACUUGGAACAUUCCGUGAUCAAAUUAUUUAUCCUGAUAACAAAGCUCAAGCGCGUAAAAAAGGUUAUGAUGAUGACGCGUUAAUGGACUUACUCGGCGUUGUGCACUUGAGUUACCUCGUUGAACGUGAAGGUGGAUGGGAUGCUGUACAAGAUUGGGCGGAUGUUUUAUCGGGUGGUGAAAAACAGCGAGUGGCUAUGGCUCGACUCUUUUAUCAUAAACCUCAAUUUGCUAUUUUAGAUGAGUGCACGAGCGCUGUCAGUGUAGAUGUCGAAGGAAUUAUGUACACACAUGCGAGGGAAUUAGGAAUCACAUUAUUCACGGUUUCUCAUCGUGUGUCGUUGUAUCACGAAUGGCUACUUCGCUUCGACGGUGAAGGUGACUAUGAAUUUAGAAAACUCGAAGAAGGUGAUUUAGUCGCACCAUUCGCAUUCGCAAACAAGGCAUCUGCAUCAACGUCAGCGGAUAACGAGAAAAAUAGCUUGACAAGCAGUAAUGGCGAUGAAUAA